AUGGAUAAUACUGAAUCAAAUAGGGACAAAGGUCGAUAUUUACGAGUUAUAGUCGAAGUCGAUGUGAAGGAAGAAUUACCAGAUAAAAUGGAAGUGGACAUUUAUGGGGUUGAUUGUGUUCUUCAAUUUGAAUAUAAGUGGAAACCACAAAUUUGUACCCUCUGCCAAAGGGUUGAUCAUAUUUCUGAAAGGUGUCCUCAAAAAGUUUUACAAGUCAAGCCGAAGAAGAAGAAGUUGGUUGAUAAAUGGGUGGUAAAACAAAAGGGACAAUUGGGAGUUCAAGAUGUUGAUAAGGUGUUUGAGGAAAAAGAUGUUAGAGAUGACUGUGAUACUAGGAACAAUUUGUUUGAUAAGAAGGUUUCAUCUUUAAAGGGUUUACCAUCUGAUGCACAAGGUGAGAUUGUAUAUGUCUCAAGUGAUGAAGCAGUAGAUCUUGAGGAUCCAGCACGAAACCAAAAUACAUCUAAGGAUGUUCUUUAUUUCUCCUCCAAUUCAAAAGAAAUUUCACAGAAAAUCAAUAACAAAGAGAAGAUUAUAGGUAGGUUAUGGAUAGGCUGGGAUCCAUUGAUGUUUGCAGUUACUGUGGUUAAUGAGAUGGAUCAGUGUUUAUUGCUUAAAAUCUAUAUUUUACAAACUGGUAAGAUGAUGUUCUGUACUCCUGUGUAUGCCUUUAAUACUAUAGCUGGAAGAAGAAGAUUAUGGGGCCAAUUGAUUAUUCAAUCCUCUAUUGUUAAUGGCCCAUGGUUGGUUGUUGGGGACUGGAAUGCUACUAGAUUUCACUUAGAUAAAAAAGGGGGUCGAAUGGUUCCACAAAAUCUCUUUGCUGAAUUCAAUGAUUACUUGCAAUAUGCUGGUUUAAUUGAACUAUUUGCUACCAAUGGAGAAUGGACAUGGUGUAAUAGACAAGGAAGUGAAAGAAGAAUUUUGGCAAAGCUUGAUAGAGUUUUUACAAAUAAUGCUUGGCUACAAAUGUUCACAGGUACAAAGAUUUCCUAUUCUGCUUCAACAUCAUCUGAUCAUUAUGGAGUUGUUAUCAAUAUUUUUAGACAAUUUAAUAAGAAUUCUUUUGGAGAUAUAGAAGAGAGGGUUUUGAGUUUUAAAAAGACAUUGGAGGAGAUUCAAUUAUCACUUCUUGACAACCCUUCAAAUGAACUAUUUGUCAGAAAGAACCAUGCUAAGGAAGACUACAAUGAUGCAUUAUCUUCACAACAGAUUUUGUAUGCCCAAAAAUCCAGAAUUCUCUGGCUUAAGGACAAUGAUCGAUGCACAGCCUUUUUCUACUCUAAGAUGAAACAACACAAUCAGUUUAAUGCAAUUACUUCUGUGGAAACUACGAAUGGUCAGGUUACAACUGUUUCAGAGGUGAUCAAAAAGACCUUUGUUGAUUAUUAUCAGAAUCUUUUUUAA